AUGUCGCGAGAAAAACAAAGGACGACCUGGGAUGAAAAAGAGCGACUGUGUGCCGUGCGGCUAGUGAUUGAACAGUACGACGUGUUAUACGGAGGAUUUGCCGACGGAAUCACAUUCAAAGAAAAGUCGGCCGCCUGGAAUAAGGUGGCCGAUGACUUGAAUGCAUCAAGCAAUGUAAAGCGGACACCUGCAGAGGUUAAGAAAUUGUUCCAGAAUGUGAAAAGUAGAGCCAAGAAAAAGUAUAACGAAAACAUGGCCACUGGUGGCGGUCCAGUUGGCAAGAUUACACUGGCAGAGGAAAUUGUCCUUGAAUUUCUGAAGGACAAGCCCCAACUCAUAGGGAUCCCAGGCGGGAUAGAAUCUGGAGUGAUAGAGCCUGUGGAAGAUGCUGCCAGUGUUGCAGAUUUGGUUGUGCAACAAGCACCAAUGACAGAGAGUAAGCACAUCAGCACCCAUCAAGAAACAGUGUCAGUUCAUGCCAUUGAACAUCCAAGUGUGUCCCAUGAACACCCAGCUGAACCCAGAGUGAUGCAGACAAGACAAAUACAAAGAAACGUCGUAGGAAGUGCAUGGAUAGGUUUGAGCUCACCGAGGAGCUUCAUGACCAUGAAGUUUGCAGAGCAAGAAAGGAGAUUGAACUUUUAG